AUGCGCCCCUGGGUUCCAAUCGUUCUGGCCUUUGCCGCACUCGUCGCUGCGCAAGGCGGCAAUAACAAUGUCAUCAACAAUCCGGCAUCCGGCAUCCAAGCCGAAGCCGGCCAACCACUGACACUGAGCUGGGACAACCCAUCCAGCGGGCCCCUAUCCAGAACCGUAACCAUCAAGAUCCAAACAAGCGGCGACAUCCAACCCACCGACGGCAUCGUCGUCGCGGAAAACAUCCCCAACACGGGCAGCGCCACCUUCACCAUCCCCGCCGACGUCCCUGUCGGCCAAGUCUACGUCCAGAUCAUCGACGACGCCAACCCCACCGACUACAACUUCAGCGGCGGCUUCCAAGUCCAAGGCGCCACCAACACCGCCUCCCUCGUCGCAUCCACCGCCAGCGCCAGCGCCAGCGCGCGCAAGUGA